CCGUCGCCAUUUUUCGGUCUCGUACUCGCACUUCUGGUGGCUCGGGUGAGGGGGGGGACGAGCAGAAAUAAGGGAAAGUAAAAUAUUGUAGAAUCCUUACGACGUUAUCCCUCGUGAGCAGUCCGGAACUCACGCGAGAGCACCAGCCUACCGCGCGGCCACCUGAGAUGCACGCGCAGGAGACAAGCCGCUGCUGUGAAAUUAUUUUUUGUGUGGAGACGUGUUGCGGGCCGCCAUUUUUUUGCUGUGCAGCCUCAAAAGUCUGCUCCGACUCGAGAAAGGGGAUUCAAAAACGCAUUUCCAGGACGUGUGCCUUACCAUAAGAUAAACAAGAUACAAAGUAAUUAUUUCGUUUCCGACUUGCGGCUACUGGCGACAUUUGGCCGACAUGAGGAUUUAUCUGAUGAACAACUGAGGCCACCUUUUCCGUUCUCAUAACUGACACUGACUGGAGAUACGUUAUUAGAAGAGAAGCCUGGUGUUUUCUCGGAAGGCGGAACGAAAAAGGGAAGCUUCAUUUAUCAUUUGUUGCUGCUUCGCUCUCCGUCGAUGUUUGUCUGUCGUAAGUUUUUCUGUUUCUCUAUUUUGGCCGCUCAAACAAUCACUCAGCCAUUGACUGCUGAACACAGGAACCACAUUAUGUUUCAAAGUUGGAUCAAGCCAGUUGCAGCCUCUCUCUGAAAACGUCAGGUUGUUUUCUCUUUAUUUCUUUUUUAAAACCAGAGGUCCCUGGAGCCUGCAGCGUUUGUGCAGAGAGCACUCGACAAAACCUCACAGGGCGACGUAUGCCCUGCCCUGCAUCUUCCAAAUCCUCCAAAUUGCUGUGAUUGGCCAAUUCCAACCACACGUUUUAACUUAUUGUCUAACCUAUAUGGUUAUCGUUUUUUUUUUUGUAGUCUUGUUACUAACUUAUUUUGAACAGAAAUGUCAACUGCUCGGUUUGAUUCAUCUGAUCGGUCCGCCUGGUAUUUUGGACCCGUGUCACGACAAGAGGCACAGAAUAGGUUACAAGGACAGAGACAUGGGAUGUUUCUGGUUCGAGACUCGUCGACCUGUCCCGGCGACUACGUGCUGUCAGUGUCUGAGAACUCCAAAGUGUCUCACUAUAUCAUCAACUCUUUGCCCAGCAAGAGGUUUAAGAUAGGCGACCAAGAAUUUGAGCACCUCCCUGCUCUGCUGGAGUUCUACAAAAUCCACUACCUGGAUACGACCACGCUGAUAGAGCCAGCCCCCAGGUACCCAAGCACAGUGAGUGGUCCCAUCCAGCCCAUGGGUGGCCCAGAUGAGAACCUGGAGUAUGUGCGGACUCUUUACGACUUCACUGGCAGCGAUGCAGAGGACCUUCCCUUCAAAAAAGGGGAGAUCCUUAUCAUCCUGGAGAAGCCAGAGGAGCAGUGGUGGAGCGCAAAGAGUAAAGAUGGGCGUGUGGGGAUGAUCCCCGUCCCCUAUGUGGAGAAAUUGGUACGACCUUCACCUCAUCCUGGCCAGCCUUCCCAUGGAUCUCGCAACUCCAACAGCUACGGGAUCCCUGAGCCCUCCCACGCCCUCGUCCAUGCCUACGCCCAGCCCCAGACACCAACACCACUACCACCUGGCACACCCGGAGCAGUUAUCAGCCCUCUACCCUCCAUGCAGAACGGCCCCGUCAUGGCAAAGGCAAUUCAGAAACGAGUGCCAUGCGCCUACGACAAAACAGCUCUGGCUUUAGAGGUUGGCGACAUCGUCAAGGUAACACGGAUGAACAUCAGCGGCCAAUGGGAGGGAGAGGUGAACGGACGAAGGGGUCUCUUCCCAUUCACCCAUGUGAAAAUCAUAGACCCCCAGAACCCGGACGAGAGUGACUGACCCUAGAGUCCCCCCCCCCACCCCGUACCUGAACCUACUGGCCGUCUCCACCUCCUUGUUCCCGCCGGUGUCGCCACGGUUACAUGCUUGCCUGCUUGGGGCUGUACCAUGAUAGCGACCCCCACCGUUGUUGCCAACCGUUGCAAGGCUUUCUGACUGUUUACAGCUUUGGACAUUGGAUCCAAACUUUAAAAAAAAGAAAAACCCUGACCCCACUCAUCCCGUCUCAUUUCCCCGGGACUCGGUUCCAGGGCUGGCCGAUGUGUGUUUGCAUUAGGGUCCUUUUCAUUUCCAGAUCACUGGGCAUCAGUGUGAGUGUGUGUGCGUAUGUAUUAAGUGUGUGCGUGUUCACAGUAGAUAUUUACCACAUUACAUUACAACAUGUCUUUUUUUUAAAUUAGUUUUAUCUUUCUGAGUAUGUGUUUGAAGUCUUGGGGAAAGUGUUGGUGUUUGUUUUGUCGAUGUUUCGUGCGAAGUAGGGAACAGCAACAUCCCUACGGACUUGGGAGAGCACUGAGGCGACGAGGAGCCAACCAGCCAGUCAAAUGUUAUUUCUCCAAACAAUCAAGUCACUGUUGUACCUUAACCAUCACAUACACACACACACACACACACACACACACACACACACACACACACACACACACACACAGGUAUUGGCUGUGAGGUGUUCAGGUCCACAGGUUUUUUUAGAUAUGUACGUAAUGUGUGGAAGCAGGAGAGAUGGGUUUCUGUAGGAUCUAGGUUGCACUGUGACUUUUGAGCUCCCAUGAUCCCACCCCCUCUUGCUUACCUAACACUUAUUUAUCUUUGUUUAAAAUGCAUAAAUCGACCCUGUGUCAUUUCAUCUUUCUCCUAUUUGUGCCACAUGAUCAACUCAUGUUUUUUUUUUUUUUUAUGUGACUUGGAGAUGUAUGGUAGAGGGGUAACUCUGCAUGUCCACUCGGUCCCUCUCUUGACUGCCCUUCACAUUAUUUGGAACUAAAAAUACUUGCUUAGAGAUUUAGCAGGUUUCAGUGCCAUCAGCACCAAGCACUAGAAGAUAUAUUUCCCCUUCCUGCAUAGGAGGGUCCAGCUUUGAACUAAAGUCAAGUAGCAACAGCCUUCUCGCUAGCACUUCCCACAAGCAUAUAAAAGGCUAGCUUAAAAUAAAUGCAGCAUCGGCACAAAGACUGGCUGCGUUCUACUGAGGUGAGGUCAAAGGUCAGGCAAGGAGGACAUCUUUCAGCAAGCCAAUGAGAUCCCAUUAAUGCCUUUUUUUUCCAAGAGCAAGAUAAGUGCAUCUUCAAUCCCACUCUCUACCCUUUUGUGUUUUUAAUGCAAUGUUUCUCCCGUCAAUUUAGUUGUUUUUUAUUCGCUUUAUUCCUUAGAUAUUCGGUCCGAGCACAACUUUGUCUCAUUAUGCAAAUAUACUCCCAUCAGUGGAGUGGAAAGUACGUUUGUUCCGACUGUUCUGCAACCAGUUUGACCAGUAGGAGCGAAGAAUCAAACAGUCGUUUAUUCAUUUCUGCUGUAAAGAAUGAACCAUUUCACCCCCCCACUCCGCAUAGUGCUUUCCAUUUAAAUCAACACUCCGCUGUUCACUCAGAGUACUAUUGCGCAGCUCUUAGUUGUUCCCCAACUUUGAUUUUGUCAGUUUAUAGUCGACUAUUAAAUCAUUUUUUUUAGUCAAAAAGAGUGGUGUUGAUAAACGAAAGUGCGGACGGCGAGAUUUACAAAAGGGAAAAUGCCUGCUGGUUGCCUCUGUGCAUGACCUCUUGGCCGGGGAGGUGGUCCGACCUGGCCAAAUGCUGCUUAAUGUCAUAUUAUGUCCUUAUUAAACAAAGGUUUCUCUUAUUUCAAUCCCUCCUGGUCAGUGCAAACAAACCAGCGUGGGUUAUUUUUUCCUCAUCCAAAUUAAUGAAAUCUACUAAUCGAGCAAUACACCCUGAUCCUUUCCUUUUUUUUCGAGGUGGACUUGCUUUUUCGUGCUUCUGAGUUGUUUUGUAAUGGCAUUAACAGUAUUACUGUGCUCUCUUCUCAUAUUCUAGGAAAGCCUGUCUUUUACUUAAGGAUUGAAAAUUGUGCCUUUUUAUUUUCUUAAACCAUUUACAUGUGUUAAUAUUUCCCAUGGUUAACACCUGUGCUGGUAUUGACCCUUUAUGUACAGAACAAGUAAAUAAAAUUUACGUCUACUUCUUUA